CUCAUGCCGGAAGUCUUCACGGGUUUCCGGCUGUUUAUUUCCUUGUUGUCAUCGAGUUGACGAAGAGUCUAAACGCAGUGAAACCGACAAACUCAACGCAAACAACGGAAGCUUUGCGUUGCUAUUGGAGCGUGGUGCCAUAUCUCCUGCUUCAGUGCCCCUAACGAGCCCUCUACUUGGAGGGUUCGCAGGGAGCUCGAUCCUGAUCGGACAGCAAGCUGCAACCUUGCAGCUGGCUCAACUGAAAGCCCAGCUUGCACUGACGCAGAUAAACAAUGCCCUCACAAUUGGCAGUCAAGCUGCAAACUUGACAGUCAGCUCCAACAUACCUACACCCUACAUACCCCCAACACCUCCCUCCCCAACUGCUGCAGCCAUCAGUCUCCUCAAUCUUCUUAAGAUUGUAAACACCAUGUCUCAUCCCUUUUAUAACCCCUAUGCCUCUGGCAACCAGAGUUCCACCCAGGGGUCAUAUGGACUCUCCAGUACGCAGGGAGAAAGGAAUCCUCGGAAAGCAUCUCCUCAUUUUGGACCUGGGUCCAGCUCUUCUGCAGCUUCUUCUGCGACUCCUGCUGGAAUGAUCCCAUCACUACUGACUCAGUCAGUGAGCUACAGGCCUGAACAGGGUCGGGCCAAAAUAGACAAGGACAUAGAGAGGUCUGUGGACCUGCAUAUUAGCAGAGCCAGAGAGGAGGUGACAUUUGUUGGUAAACCGGAUCAUUGGCCCAUAGGCCAGAGCACUUGCUUUACCAACACUCAGGAGGUUCUCUCCUCCGGCACAGGGACAACCUCCUAUCUGAUGUCCACAACAUCUGCAUCUGCCGGACGCAGACACUGUGAUGGUGAAAGUGGCAGUGGCUCCUCGGACUGGUUGCCUUGCUACAAAAGAUCAACUGCAGAUGAUUCUUCUAAAUUUUAUUCAUCACCAGCCUCAACUAACUUUACAAGCAGCGAGAGAGAGCGUGAUGUACAGCCCACUCCAGGAUCAGGUGAUUAUGACUAUCGUGUGUCAGACAAACCUGUGGCUCCUACAGAGACAAGUCACCCCAAGUACAAUUCUGAAUCUGCUGCUAACAUCCUUUUGCAAUUUGGACUUGAAAAAAAGGAUUUAGACUAUCUCAUUGCAUACCCUGAAGACCAGAUGACCCCUGACAACCUUCCAUUCAUCUUGCGCCAAAUCCGCAUUCAGAAGACGGAGAGAGCUUCGACUGCAAUUGAGCCAAAACCCUGUCCUCAACCUCAACCCAUCAGAGGUGUGAGUGGAGUGGAUGGUUUUCGGAGUUCUGGAGGGUCAUCAGCUGUUCUCCAGCACACUAAAGUAAUUGACUAUGGACAUACUGGCAAUUAUACUGGAGGGGUUUUGGAUGAGAUUGAAAGCACCAGUGGCAGAAGUGCUGACAGUGAUGGGAGUGGCAAUAUGUUGUUGGUGAAGACUAACAAUAUUAGCAGCCACAUUCAUGCACUACUGCAAAAAGAUCUUGCAGAGGUGAAAAGCAGUGCCCUUGGUUCUUCAUUUGGCCAAGGUAGCACUGUUACCAACUCUUCAUACAGUUCAAUACUGAGAUCAGUAGCUCCCCCAUGCAUUGAUCCAGCAAAGCAACUGAAGACGCAACCACACCAGACUUCUCAAACAAUCCUUAGCUCUUCUUCCCUGUCAAGAAAAGACAAAGACGGAGGCUUCAGACAUGAGGAAUCCUCCAAGGCCCGUCCUUUGAGAAAAACAGAGGCAGAUCACAAGUCGGCAUCAAAAACCCAACUACCUUCCUCUCUGUUCCGGGGUAUGCAUCCUAACCGACCUGGUCUUGUGCUCAUUGGUACCAGUGAGGCCACUGGCACCAAGAAUCCGAGCACAACUCAAGGCAAAGGUUCAACGGUUACGAAGCAGAUAAAAAAGCAGCAGCAACCGACGCAGAAACAGCAGAUGCCAAAGAAGCAUGUGACGAAACAGCCAGUAACGCAAAUGGGGAAAGCGUUGUGGCCUCCAGUUGAUACUGCUACACAACCUGCUUGUCUCCUCUCCAUCACCACAAAUCCCUCUCGGACUGUGCAACCUUCAGUGUUUAGCCCUCACCCCAUCAGUAUUCCUUCAGCUUCACUUCAACCAGCCAGAAGUGCAAAGAACUUCCUUCAGUUGCCAACACAGCAUCCAGCAAAAUUGCCAGGAACCAAGAAUCUGCCAUCGACAGCCAUGAUGCAUGACUAUGCGGCAGCCACACCGAGGGUCUUUCCACAUACCUGUUCUCUGUGUUUCAAAGAAUUCACUAAUAUGAAGGAUUGGAUCUCCCACCAGAACACGAGCCUUCACCUCGAGAGCUGCAGAGUCCUACGGACAAAAUACCCACAGUGGAAUGGUGAAAUUGUACUCGAGCCCAGUGCCGCAAGGAAAGAUGCCAAACCGUCUUCCUCAGCUUAUGCGCAGACUUCCCAACAGCGUCAUAGGAAAACCAGUCAUGGAGGCCGCUCCCGCUCACACUCAGAGGGUAGAAGAGAGAAACACAGCCGAUCACUAUCAUCACACAGCUCCAGAUACACUCGUUCCCGGAGUCGUUCUCUCUCUCCACGUUAUGACCGCGAUUGGUCACGUUCAAGGAGCAAUGAGAGAAAGAGGAGAAGAGACGACAGAUGGUUGUCUCCAAGAAGAAGCCGCGAAAGACGAUCAUCACUGCCAAGAAGGAGUGAAGAGAGAUGGUCCUCUCCAAGAAGAAGCCGCGAAAGACGAUCAUCACUGCCAAGAAGGAGUGAGGAGAGAUGGUCAUCUCCAAGAAGAAGCCGCGAAAGACUAUCAUCACCUAGGAGGAGAGGCGACAGAUGGUCCUCGCCAAGGUGGAGUGAAGAGAGGUGGUCAUCGCCAAGAAGAAGCUGCGAAAGACUCUCAUCACCAAGGAGAGGUGAUGAGAGAUGGUUGUCUCCAAAGAGAAGAGACGACGUAUGGUACUCGCAAAGACCAUUGUCAUCAGAGAGUUCCCCUCAGCGGCGGUUGAGCAGUGCCAACAGACUGUCGAAGAAACAAACAGGCAAAUCAGAUGUCCAGUCUUUGUCCGAACUGGUUAAAACUCUCACUCCUUCCUUACUGACCAAGCUAGCUAAGGAGACCCAAGGAGGGAAACGCUUGAACCUUAAUCCCUCUGCUGCGAAAAAGAGCCUUUCCUCUGCUGCCUUCUCAUCAGCAAAGAAGACGAUUGUGAAGACAUCAACCACGACCAGCCUGCAGAAGCUCGAUGUAAGUGCUUCAACAAAGACUAAGGUGUAUAAACCUUCACCUCCAACCAUGGUGAGGUUAGAGGGCAUCGUUAACACCCUCUCUCACAGUGAGGUGGUCGCUGCGGUGGAGGAGUUCGGAAAAACCAAAUCAGUCGUAUUGUUUCGGAAGAAACUAGAGGCAAUGGUGUGUUUCGAGAAAGAAGAGGAUGCCAAGAAACUGAAGAGCUUAAAGAGCAUCAACAUGAAAGGAACCCCCGUCUCUGUUGUCACACAAACGAAUCUUCAGCUAAAGAAGAUGCCUCUGAAAAAACCGCUUCUGUCCUCCAGUGUCUCCACAUCUCAAACCACUAAAUCCACAAAGACCACCACUUCCUCCAGAACGGUUUUGCUGCCAAAGUCUUGCAAAACUUCACAGAAUUCCUCUGGAGCCAAAAAAACAAAUAUACAAGCGUCUGCCUCUCAAGCCGCCAGCAGAGAUCCAUCCGUGAGCCACCAGCUGCUGACUAUUGGGGACAUGAUCAUAAAGCACCUUCAUCACAACAAAAUCAAGUGCUUUAGGAAGAAAAUCUGCCAAUUAAAUCCGUUUUUGAGCAAUGGUAACCGGCAUAUGAUGAUCACCAACCUGCCGAGGUACGAGGAUGGCUUCUACACCGAGGAAGACAUCGCCAACGUCUUCAUUCCAUACGGAUUUAAUUAUACCAACGAUAACAUCUAUGUUUUUCCUGAGGCCGGCAUGGCCUUUCUCGUGAUGUCGACACUGCAGGAUGUGCAGAACAUAAUGAAACUCAAUGUGAAGGACAGCAUCAUGUUCAAAGGGUCUCGUCUGCUGCCGCACGUGAUGCAGCACAACAUAUUAAAGUCGCCGCUUGUAUUUUAUAAAUCCCUGAUGAACCUGUUCCUGAUACAAUCAAAGGAGGAUCGGACAGAGAGAAUAAUCUACAUCGAGAACAUCUCACCGAGCCAGGCCAGAGACCUCAGGGAGGCUUUGACAAAAAUCGGUUCAGUCACAAACUACCUGCCUCUACUCAACAAGGUUUUUGUUGAAUUUGACUCCAGUCGUGAUGCUGAUCGAAUCGGAGUUUGGUACAGCCUCCUGGAACAUGCCCCUGGUUACAAUGUUUACAGACUGAGAACACCAUUUGCCACUGUCACAGCUCUAGCACCAAAGCAUCCUGUGAACGCGAUGCCGGACAGCAAGGAUAUUGUUCCCGGAGCAGCUGUCCCCACAAGAAAAGCUGGCAUCCCACAGGGCAGCAUUGGAGCAUUUUGGGUCAUGAUGUCAGCUGCUCCCUUUGUGUUCCCCACCGUGUCUCCUUGGUUCAUCAUCCCAAGAUAUCUGACCAUCAAAGGAAAUGAGGACAUCAUGAAGGCCAACAGUCGAGGUUCCAUGUUCCCCACAAUCAUGUUGACCGGUUUACCAGAAGGAGAAUACAAGCACGAGGACGUCGCCAAGCUGGUCUGGCCUUAUUUCCCCAAACAAACUCUUCACUCCCUGUACUACAACGUGAUCGUGCUGACACUGCAGAGGAGGGCCUUCGUGCAUUUCAGCGAUUGGACAUCGUGCUGCAAAUUUGUCCAAGAUCACAUCUGGCAUCCUCGUUCUGUCAGAGGCUGCGCUCUCAAGAUCCACUUCGUGUUGGAGUACAUGUAUCCUGAGUCAAAAGAGGAGCUCAUGUACAAAUCUUUGAUGAAAUGGAGCAACGCUCGAGUUCCAGAUGCAGAGUCUCUGGAGGAGCGGCUGCUCUGUGUGGAGAUCUCUGAGACGAGUGUUGUUGUUGUGAGGAGCGUCAUGAAAGCUGUGGCGUCCAUUGCUAAAUUUGUCAGCUUCCUGCCGCUCGCCAACAGGAUAUGUGUGGAGAUGGCUGACUCCAGUGGUGUCACUCAGGUGGUGGAGAAGUACAACUCACUGAUGUCAUCUUCUGCAUGGCAGGGCCAAAAUAGGAGUCAAGUUCAACGUGUUGAAUCUGUGAAGAGUCUGAAGCAGCGUCUUGAACACUCCAGUGAGAUCACUUUAAACCUUCACCUGGACACCAUCAGUGCUGAAGCUCAACCCCCAACACAGCCUCCUCCUUCCAAACCUUCUGUGCCAACCACUACCCGUGCUUCUGCUAAACCAGCAGCGUGCGAUGAAUCCGUCACUCGUGAAGAUGUUGCAGCAGAAUCGAGUUCCGCUGCUGCAGGUGACCUAACAAUUGAGGACGGUGAGAAACUGGGAACUGAGAUCGUCCUGGACUCCAGCGCAUGUCCUCAGUCAAAUGAAGAAAAGGUUGUUAAGAAGGAGGAGGGGUCACCAACAACUAUCAACGACACUGCUUCUGGUGCCACACACACAAAUCUGGUCUCCUCUGAAGAACCCACCACAGAACUUCGUCAGAUUGACCAGGACACUUUUGGGGCCAAAGAGGGUCAAGAAGACUUUUCAGAUGACGUACUUGCUUCAGACGCCUACAUUUUUGAUGAGCCAGAUUUCAACAUGAGUGACUUUGUCACCGUUGAUGAAAUUGUUGAUGAUGGGGAAGAAAUGAACCCUGACCCCCAUAGCCCCUCGUCUUCCAUGCAGUCCUCCACAGGGAUAAAAGUAGAACAAAGCUCAGGUACUCCAUCUGCUCCAAAACAGACCUCAACAAGAUCUUCAACUAGAUCCUCAACAAGAUCCUCAACAAGAUCCUCUACAAGAUCCUUGAAAGACUCUAAGAGCUCCGCUUCUUCCUCAUCCAAGUCAACCAAAGACUACGUGAAGAGAAGGUUGUCUUCUAUCUCGACCUCUGUGUCCCCAAAAACAACUAAGGACUCAUUUAAUUCCAGCAAAUCCCCAGCCUCAUCCUCUUCGUCUUCGUCUUUUCUGUCUCUUGAAACGUCUUCCUCCUCUGGUCAGAAAGCACAACAGAGCAAGACAAAAUCUCCACUCAAAGGUUUACAUACUUCGUCCUCACGUUAUCGUAUGGGAUCGUCCUCAGCUCCACAUGAAAUGGUAAAGAUGUUAUCAGCAGCAGUGUCUGUAGAGCGUCUCCCUGUGUCGCAGAGAAAGUCGGCAAAAGAGAGUGCAGUGGCAAAGUCUGACCACAAAGUGUCAGCAGAGGGCAUUGCUGCAAAAACUAUUAAGUCAGAGACAAAAAUUGAAAAAUUGAACCAAGACCAGAAGUUAGAGACUGAUUUAAAGGACACCACACUCAAAGACCUGGAGAAAGGGAUAAAGAGAGAGAUAAAGAAAGAAGAGGAUGUUGAUGGUGAAAAUGACCAAAUGCUUGAUUCAUUCGAUGGCCGAACUGAUAAACAGAAGGAUGAAGGGGAUCAAGCAGGCAGCUCUGACACCAAGCCACCUGAAACUGAGAACAGCUCGGUCUUGGACAGUGUCAACGAUGAUGGCAAAGCUUGCCCCGAGAAGUGCACAGAAGAGGAACUGGACAGUGUUACCAAAAACAAACCAGGUAAAGAGGAGAGUGACCUGGUCGAAGAUGACGGUUCCACAGUAAAGCAGUUAUCAGAGGAAGAUGUGAUUCAAGGAGACAACAAAUCUGAAAGUAAGGAGGCAAAUCAUGAAGUUAGUGUCCAAGUGUUAGAUACAGCUAGAAAAGAAGCUUCAAUGGACAAAGUGGUCAUGAAGAAGAGAAAACGAAAUGAAGAAGAGGAAUCAACAUCAGCAGAAUCCUCCAAACGAGUUGAAAAACCUGAUGAUCAAAUCCCAAAAGAUGAAGACCAGCCUCUUAAAGUCUGUGACAACAAAGACAGUGAAGUUACAGAAGAAACCUUUGAGAUAUUGGAUUCAACUGACGAUCAGACAGGAAUGGACCAUGACGGCCAAAACAUUGAAGCAUUGACUGAUCAGAUGUCCAAAGAAGAAGAGGAAGAUGCCAAUAAGGUCGUGGARUCUGUUGAAGAUCAGACAACAACUACACAGUCUGACAACAAGGAAAAGAAAACUGCAAAACCUGAUGCGACUUCUAGAAGAGAUGAUAGAUCAUCCAAGAGGAGUGGCCUGAGGACCAGAGCAUCCAGAAGUGAAGAGAAAGUCAAAUCACCAGAGAAACAGGACAGGAUGGUUAYAAAAUCUGAAACACCUCGAGACACCACAGCAAAACGUCCUCAGAAAGACCAAGACGCWGAAGAGGAGAAGGUGUAUGAGAUAGUCGAUUCCAUUGAAGAAGAACUGGGUCAAGAUGCAGCUGCCACAGAAAGGACAGAUAGAAGAAGGAGUGGAAGAGGAAAGAAAGAGGACAAAAUGACUCUGAAUCUCACUGAAGCAUCUGAAAAAGAAGAUGAGGAGGCUUCGUAUGAAAUUUUAGACUCUGUGGAGGACGAGACUGCGACAGAAGAACCGGUCGUUAUGACGAGAUCGACCAGAGGAAGAAGGGAAAGGACGUCUAAGAAAGACCAAACAAAAAAAGAGGACACACCGACAAGAAGGAGGCGCACUCCUGCCAGAGAAUCACAGGAAAAAACAACGAAGAKAGAGAAGAACGCUUCUCCAAAAGAGAGCUCACCAACAAAGAAGAGUGACAUCCCUGCAAGAGAGGAAAUAGAUGAGGAUGCGACCUAUGAAAUAUUAGACUCUGUGGAGGACGAGGUUCUGAAGGAUGACCCGCCCACUACGGGAGGAAAAGGAAAGAGGGGAAGACCAAAGAAAGCAGUUAAAUCAACUAGAAAAGACAUCGUAACACUGAAGGGGGACAAAGAUGCAUCUGAAAAAGAGGCUGAUGAAGAAAAGGUGUCAUAUCAGAUUCUUGAUGCUGUGGAGGAUGAGAUGGUCGACGAUGGCCCUCCUCCAGYAGAGUCACCCAAAAACAAGGAGGAGGAGCCUGUGUAUCAGAUUGUAGACUCUGUGGAAGAUGAUCAAGUUCAGGAAGAGUUGACCACCGAGGUGUCCGAGGGAGGGACGAAGGAAACGAGUAAGACAAAAGAUGAAACUCGUCCAAAAGAGGAGGAAGCAGCUGUUACAGAAACACCAACGUUUAGGAUCAUUGUGGAAGCCUCUGAAAACGUGGUCACCAAGGAUUUAGAUCAUGAUCCAUCUGCUGGUCUGGAAAACAGGGAAAGAUCAUCCAAAGCAUCCAUCAAGAAAGAAGGUGCAUCGACAACAAAGUCUCAGAGUGAUCCCACAACACCAGAAGUGGAGAAGAACCAAAAACCAUCCGAGGAAAGUGACACAACAGCUCCGAUGAGUUCUCUGGUGAACCUGGAUGAAGUGAGUGAUGAGGAGGAGGAUUACCCUGAUGACAUAGCUGAGGAGGAAGAAAAGCUGGACCAAGUGAAGCAAACAUCAAGACCUGCUAAAGUUGUGAGUAAAAGGAAGAACGAGAUUGUCGAACCUGAGGCAAAGAGAUCUCGUUCUCAGUCUCCUUCUGUUCCUGCCGACUUCAAGCUGCCGCCAUUUAGAGCCAACCAGCCCCUGGGUCAGGAGUUUGUCGUCCCUAAAUCAGGAUACUUCUGUAACAUCUGCCGUGUUUUCUACGUGAACGAGAGCAGCGCCAAGGACGUUCACUGCAGCAGCCAGACGCACUACAACAACCUGCAGAAACACUACCUGAAGCUUCAACAGAAACUCUCAAGAAGUUCAACGCCAAAUUCUCAAGACUACGUUUCUGAUUGAUCCAGACUUCAGCUUCUGAUCCUUUAGUUUGAUUGUGCCUUUAAAAUCUGGAGAAGUGAAACGUCUGGAGACGCUGUGGACGGGUGUAGUCGAGUCGUGUUUUCGCCCUGAUGGUCACAGUGACAGGUUUUAGCGUGGAUGGUCCCAUUGUUCUUAAAAAUCUUUAAUGUUCAAAUAAAUGUUGGUCUUGUUGCAGUUAGUUGUGAAAUAAAAGCUGACAGUCAUCUUUAGGUUGUCAAAUACAUACAGUUGAUAUUCCUCAAGCAAUGUGUUGCACAUUUUGAGGGAUAUAGUGUUCGUUUGUAGAAGUUAAGUGUUGAUUUAAAACGAUAAGCGUUGUCCUCCAAGUUCCUUCAUGUGCUGGUGGACAUUUCUACACUGUAACUAUAUGUACAGUACGUUUUUGUAUAUCUAAUCAUUAUCUCGCACGUCAUUAAGGUUACAUCGGUUUGUUUGUUGUUUUUCAGUUUUUGCUGUUUACUGCUGCUACUUUACAUUUAUCAGUCAGUGCUAUUUCUUUUCAGUGUUAAAAUCCCAGUUUGUAAAAUAAAAAUAUGGAAUAAAUAUUUUAAAUAACAUUUUACCAACAGUAUUUUAUGGAAGUACAAAUAAAGGAGUUCUG